AUGUUGGCCGGCAUGCUCGGGUGGCCGCAGGCAGGCAGCGCCUCCAAGGUGGUGGUGAACGACGGGAGGACGCAUUUGGAGGUGGACAAAGAAGUCGACAGCGGGAUUCAGCAGGUGAAGAUCCCCCUGCCUGCUGUGGUCACUGCCGACCUGCGUCUAAACGAGCCUCGCUACGCCACGCUUCCGAACCUCAUGAAGGCCAAAAAGAAGCCGAUGGAGACCAUCGACGCAGCUUCCACAGGCGUCGACCUGUCGCCGCGGCUCCAGGUCCUGAAGGUCGAGGAGCCGCCGGUGAGGGCCGGCGGCAAGAAGGUGGACAGCGUCGACGAGCUGCUUGAAAAGCUGAAAACGGAGGCGAAGGUCUUGUGA